GGUGUGCUCCGCCUUAUAUAGGGCGGUCGGGGGGCGCCGGCCGCUCUCUCGAGUCAGCCCCGCGCCGCGCUCCUCGCUCGCCAGUGUCCGACGCCGUCCGGGCCGCCUCGCCUCGCCUCGCCGUCCAGCACCCGCCGCUCGUUGCCUGCACGAUGCCUGAGGAAGUGCACCAUGGAGAGGAGGAGGUGGAGACUUUUGCCUUUCAGGCAGAAAUUGCCCAGCUUAUGUCUCUCAUCAUCAAUACCUUCUACUCCAACAAGGAGAUUUUCCUUCGGGAGUUGAUCUCCAAUGCUUCUGAUGCCUUGGACAAGAUUCGCUAUGAGAGCCUGACAGACCCUUCCAAGUUGGACAGCGGUAAAGAGCUGAAAAUUGACAUCAUCCCAAACCCUCAGGAACGGACCCUGACCUUGGUGGACACUGGAAUUGGCAUGACCAAGGCCGACCUCAUAAAUAACUUGGGAACCAUUGCCAAGUCUGGUACCAAGGCAUUUAUGGAGGCUCUUCAGGCUGGUGCAGACAUCUCCAUGAUUGGGCAGUUUGGUGUUGGAUUUUACUCCGCCUAUCUGGUAGCAGAGAAAGUCGUGGUGAUCACGAAGCACAAUGAUGAUGAGCAGUAUGCCUGGGAGUCUUCUGCUGGGGGAUCCUUCACAGUCAGAGCAGACCACGGUGAGCCCAUUGGCCGGGGUACCAAAGUGAUCCUCCAUCUCAAAGAAGAUCAGACAGAGUAUUUAGAGGAGAGACGGGUCAAGGAAGUCGUGAAGAAGCAUUCCCAGUUCAUAGGCUAUCCCAUCACCCUCUAUUUGGAGAAGGAACGAGAGAAGGAAAUCAGUGAUGAUGAGGCAGAGGAAGAGAAAGGCGAGAAAGAAGAAGAAAAAGAUGAGGAGGAAAAGCCUAAGAUUGAAGAUGUGGGCUCGGAUGAGGAAGAUGACAGUGGUAAGGAGAAGAAAAAGAAAACCAAGAAGAUUAAGGAGAAAUACAUUGAUCAGGAAGAACUGAACAAGACCAAGCCCAUUUGGACCAGAAAUCCUGAUGACAUCACUCAGGAGGAAUAUGGAGAAUUCUACAAGAGCCUUACCAAUGACUGGGAAGAUCAUCUGGCAGUUAAGCACUUCUCUGUAGAAGGUCAGUUGGAGUUCAGAGCAUUGCUCUUCAUCCCUCGCCGGGCCCCCUUUGACCUCUUUGAGAACAAGAAGAAGAAGAACAACAUCAAACUCUAUGUUCGUCGUGUGUUCAUCAUGGACAGCUGUGACGAGUUAAUACCUGAAUAUCUCAACUUUAUCCGUGGUGUGGUUGAUUCUGAGGACCUGCCCCUGAACAUCUCCCGAGAAAUGCUUCAGCAGAGCAAAAUCUUGAAAGUCAUCCGUAAAAAUAUUGUGAAGAAGUGCCUUGAGCUCUUUUCUGAACUGGCAGAAGACAAAGAGAACUACAAGAAAUUCUAUGAGGCAUUCUCAAAGAACUUAAAGCUUGGCAUCCAUGAAGACUCUACUAACCGGCGGCGCCUCUCUGAGCUGCUGCGCUACCAUACUUCUCAGUCUGGAGAUGAGAUGACUUCUCUGUCAGAGUAUGUGUCGCGCAUGAAGGAGACGCAGAAGUCCAUCUACUACAUCACUGGUGAGAGCAAAGAGCAGGUCGCUAACUCUGCCUUUGUGGAGCGGGUGCGGAAGCGGGGCUUUGAGGUGGUGUACAUGACGGAGCCCAUUGACGAGUACUGCGUGCAGCAACUCAAGGAGUUUGAUGGGAAGAGCCUGGUCUCUGUGACCAAGGAGGGUCUUGAGCUACCAGAGGAUGAAGAGGAGAAGAAGAAGAUGGAGGAGAGCAAGGCCAAGUUUGAGAACCUCUGCAAGCUCAUGAAAGAAAUCUUGGACAAAAAGGUGGAGAAGGUGACAAUCUCCAAUAGGCUUGUGUCUUCCCCCUGCUGCAUCGUGACCAGCACAUACGGCUGGACCGCCAACAUGGAAAGGAUCAUGAAGGCCCAGGCACUUCGAGACAACUCCACCAUGGGCUACAUGAUGGCCAAAAAGCAUCUGGAGAUCAACCCUGACCACCCCAUCGUGGAAACACUGCGGCAGAAGGCCGAGGCGGACAAAAACGACAAGGCUGUCAAGGACCUGGUCGUGCUGCUGUUUGAAACCGCACUGCUUUCUUCUGGCUUCUCCCUUGAAGACCCCCAGACCCACUCCAACCGCAUCUACCGCAUGAUCAAGCUAGGCCUGGGCAUUGAUGAGGAUGAAGUGGCAGCAGAGGAGCCCAGCGCCGCUGUUCCCGAUGAGAUCCCCCCACUUGAGGGCGAUGAAGAUGCCUCUCGCAUGGAGGAGGUGGAUUAGAUAAGAGUUCCCCACCGGGAAGGAAGCCAGCAUCCUCCUGUAUAGUGUCCCCAAGCAGCCUCGACUGGCCCCGUCCCACCUCGCCCCCUCUGCUGCCACCUCCAGUCCCCUGUCCACAGCAGGAAGCAAGGGAUUCAAGCCCUGACCCCCUCUCCCCCUCUGCCAGCAGGGUUGGGUGUUGUGUAUUGUGGUUUUUUGUGUUAUGAAAUUAAAAGUAUGCAAAAUAAAAGAUGGAGUUUUAUACAA